UUCUUCUACUGAACAGCUAAUUGAAAUAAUAAAAAGGAAUAGAGCACUGUAUGACAUGUCGCAUCCUGAAUACAAAAAUGUACGGUUGAAAAAUAAAAUAUGGGAUGGGAUUGCGACAGAAAUGGGAAAUUUUACAGGAGAAGAUUUGAAAAAAAAUGGAAAAACCUGAGAGAUUGUUGAUCCAAGCAUUUACGCUCCGAAAAAACCCGGACUGGCCAAGCAGCGGCAUCUAUCUGUCGCUACAAAACAUGGCCAUGGGCACAGCAGAUGUCAUUUUUUAAGGCCUUCUUGCAUCAUGCGCCGACAGAAUCAAACGUAAGUCAAGAUAGUCAAGCCGAAAAUCUCGGAAUCAUUAAAAAUGAAAUAGAAGAAAGUGGUCCACAAACAGAAGUUGCACAGAAAAGGAAACGUUCUGCGGUUCCAUCAGAAACCCCGUCAAAUGUAGAGAAAAUUAUCAGUUUUCUAGAUAAAAGGCACAAGGAAUACGACAGCAUAGAUCUGACAUUCCAAGUUUAUGCUGCUAGUGUUAAAAAACUAUCGGAUCGCCGACAGACUAUGCUUAAAUUCAAAAUAGCGAAAAUGAUCAUGGAAGAGGAGCUGGCUCAGCAAAUGGAGUUUGAAAGGGAGAACCAAGUAAUUUCAAGUUUCUCCAAUAAUUCUGUGGUAUCUUCCCCGCCUACAUCACCGUUUGAUAAUUCCAAUACGGUUGACACAGACUUGGAGGCUGCUGGAGACUGCUGGUAUCCUAAUUCAUCAAAUGAUUUGAAUCUAUAA